GAAGCCGAGCAGCAGCAGACAGCCCCGAUGGUGAGCAUGGCCCUCCCGGAGGCCCGAGUGCGCCUGGUCUUCUUGGGCGCCGCGGGCGUCGGCAAGACGGCGCUGAUCCGCCGGUUUUUGCAAGACUCCUUCGAGGCGCGGUACCGGCGCACGGUCGAGGAGCUGCACGUGCUGGAGCUGGAGCUGGACCCGCCGGGCCCGGCGCUGCGCCUCCGCCUGGAGAUCCUGGACACCAGCGGCAGCUACAGCUUCCCGGCCAUGCGGCGCCUCUGCAUCUGCCGCGGCGACGCCUUCGCGCUGGUCUGCUCGCCCGACCAGCCGGCUUCCUUCGAGGAGGCGCAGCGGCUGCGCGACGAGAUCCUGGAGGCCAAGCCGGCCGCCGCCAUCGUGGUGGUGGCCAACAAGAGCGACCUGGCGGCCCCCGCCGGGCCGGAGGCGGAGGCGCCGUCGGGGAGGGCCCGCCUGGCCGCCACCGUGCAGCGCGACUGGGGCGCCCGCUACGUCGAGGCCUCGGCCAAGCAGGGCUCCAACGUGGUGAGCCUCUUCCAGGAGCUGCUGGGCCGCGUCAGCCUGCUGAGCGGGCGCCUGAGCCCGGCCCUGCGGCGCCGCUCGAACCCCGAAGCCGUGGCCAAGGAGCCGCCGGCGCGGAGACGCCUAGCCAAGAGCCCCAGCUGCGCCAUCUGUUAGCGGAUCGAGAGAGGCGGGCGGCGGCGGCGGAGCAGCAGCGACCCAGCUGGCAGCACAGGAGAGACUGCCGGUUCCCCGCGGACCGGCAACGGACGGCUGCCGUCGGAGGCCCCGGCACUGGCUGGACCGCUCCUUCCCGCGAAGCAGCUGGCCAAGACCAGCGCGGGGGAGUGAGGGCGGCGCCUUCAUCAGGAUCCGGGCUUGUGGAGCUCGCGCAGCCGAAAGGGGGAGGGCGGCGAGCCUUCCCAGCGCCUGAGGUCAUCUAGUUGACUCUACCUCGAUACACCACCCGCCCCUACGCCCGCAUCCCCACGUGCGCUGCUGGGUGAAAAUCGCCGGUCGGCCAGCCCAUUGGAAGAGAAGCCCCAGCAGCAGCGCCUGGCGAGAGUGGAGAGGACCCUGGGACAGGAAGGGGAGUCGGGCCCCCCUGGUCCUCCCCCUCCUUCUCCAGAGACGGCCGGGGCUGGCUGCUGGGGCAGAGCGAGAAGCGAGCUGGGCAAACUGGCCUCCCCCCCACCCCGGUCACGUGGACGCCAAGCGAGGAGCUGCCGCGCCCGGCGUCCCUCGGAGGGGUUGGCAACUGCGCGGCCGCCCGCUCCGGCUGCCCACCGCCCUGCCUCGGGCUCGGCGGCGACGGCGCCCUCCGGGACUUGCACGGAUGGGGGCGCGCCCAGGGGAGGGGGGCACUGCUCCUCCGCCUCCAGCGAGGGGCAGCAGCUGCCAGCCUAGGCAGCACAGACCCGCCUCAGCGGGCGGCACUCCCGGGGCAGCAACCUGCAGCCGCGGCUGAGCCAGAAGGAGUCCGGGCUUCCUCCCCGGGCCUCCGCUGGGCAGCUGAGCUCCCCGCGAAGCCACGGCGCUUGGAGUCCGCCCGGCCGUGUGCCAGAGUCUAGUUUCGGCAGAGUCGACUGUGCCCGCCGCUUCCCGACCUCGGGUUCCAGGGGGGUCCCCGCCGCCCCUCCAGCCUCCGCGUGAGCGGAGCAAAAGGGGUCUGCACUGGGAGGUGGCGAAGGCGGCUGCCGCGGGGAGGGGAGCUGCCCUGUGCUCGCAGGCAUGCAGGGCCCCCUUGGAGAAGCAGCGGCCGCCCCCCCCCCCCCGGCCCGCUUGCAUUCGAAGUGGAGAGCUCCGCUGGGUCGCGAGACUUGCGUGUUGGGCGGGAUACCAACAUGGCAGGCAGACAGACAGUGAGCACCGCAAGAGGUUCCUCGUAGGGGAUGGGGCCGCUCCGGGAAGAGCAUCUGGGGUCCCCGGUUCCCGAGCAUCUCCGAAACACGGCUGAGAGAGACUCCCGCCUGCGACCUUGGCAGCAAUAAAGGCAAAGCGAGACGGGUCCUCCGGAACCCUGUUCCCUCAGCAACAGCCCCCGCCCCCAAAGAUCGCAAUGCUGGGACGUUAGCAGUCGGGGACACACCAGCUCAGUGACAGCGCUGCUGCUUAGCAAGCAGUAAGUCCCAGGUUUGAUCCCCGGAGUCUCCAGGUAGGGCUGAGGGGGAAAUUCUGCCAGAGACCUUGGAAAGUUGCCGCUGCCAGUCAGAGUUGACAGCACUGAGCUAGAGGGACCAAGAGUCUGACUCCGCAGGUGGCAGCUUCCUAUUUUCCGAUGACUCGGUCUCAGCCCGCACACUUAUCUUGCCUGGUCUAUUUGCAAUAUGGGAUGACCACACUGGACUUCAUUUACAACACCAUUUUAUUUUUUUAAAACUAAAAAAACCCAACCCUUUUUCCCGCUCACCCCUGCAUUUGAAAAAGUGGGAAGUUUCUGGUUUCGCUUCUACUAUUUGGGGACAAGUCAGAGGGAGAGAAAGCAGGCACAACAUGACAACUUUUUAAAAGGCACUGAA